AAAUCAAACUCGAUAUCAGUUCUUCACCGCUGCGAAUCACUCCUACCCAUUGCGGAAGAUAUCAACCUUGUCAACAGGAUUAUCAAUGCCAUUGCAAGUAAUGCAUGUAAAGAGCAACUCACAUCUGGCUUGUCCAAGCUAGAGCACAACUUUCCUUCAAAACCCGAAACAGAAACACCCUCAGACUGGUGGGGAAAAUCACUCACCGUGCUUAAUCUUGACUUCUUCCAGCGCGUUCUAUAUGCAGUAAAAAGUAAGGGUCUGAAACAGGAUAUAAUCAUCAGGAUUUUGAUAAAUUAUGCCCACAAUUCUCUUCAGGGACUUGUUGCGGUUAGGGAUCCACAAUUGGUUAACGGGGGUUUCUUGGACAUGGAAUUGCAGAAGAAAAAAAGAGCCAUCAUCGAAGCUAUAAUCGGUUUAUUGCCAACACAGUCAAGAAAGAGUGCUGUUCCCAUGGCAUUUCUUUCUAGAUUGUUGAAGUUUGCAAUAGCGGCAUCAGCAUCUACUCCAUACAGAUCUGAUUUAGAGAGGUGGAUUGGUUUGCAAUUGGAUCAAGUAAUUCUUGAGGACCUACUCAUUCCUGCAAAUUAUCAUGGAAACAAUCACAGCCCAAUGUAUGAUACAGAUUCAAUCCUAAGGAUUUUCUCCAUUUUCUUGAACUUGGAUGAGGAUGAUGAUGAGGAUAAUCACUUGAGGGAUGAAAGUGAAAUGGUAUACAACUUUGACAGCCCUGGAUCUCCUAAGCAGAGCUCAAUCCUGAAUGCGUCGAAACUGUUGGACAAUUGUCUUGCAGAAGUUGCACUCGAUUCAAACUUGACGCCAUCAAAGUUCGCAGCAUUGGCAAAAUUACUCCCAGACCAUGCCCGUAUAGUGAAUGAUGGAUUAUACAGAGCUGUGGAUAUCUUUCUCAAGGUUCAUCCGAACAUGAAGGACUCAGAGCAUUAUAGACUUUGCAAAACCAUCGAUUGCCAAAAACUAUCUCAAGAAGCUUGCAGUCAUGCAGCACAGAAUGAAAGGCUGCCAGUGCAAAUGGCAGUCCAAGUGUUAUACUUUGAGCAAAUUAGGCUUCGAAACGCAAUGAAUGGCGGUCACAAUCAGUUGUUCUUUGGCUCUGUCAAUGGCCAAUUCCCUCAACGUUCAGGUAGCGGAGCAGGAAGUGGAUGCAUCUCACCAAGAGACAACUACGCGUCGGUGAGAAGAGAGAACAGGGAACUCAAGCUGGAAGUUGCAAGAAUGAGGAUGAGACUGACUAACUUGGAAAAAGACCAUGUUUCGAUGAAACAGGAGCUUCGUGUGAAAUCACAUCCUGCUAACAAGUUAUUCAAGUCAUUUACGAAGAAGUUACGCAAGUUAAAUGCCCUGUUUGGGAUUAAAGAUAUGAAGCCGAUAGGUGGUAAGGCUAAUUCAGAAACUUGGAUUUUGUUUCAGAAGCGAAGGCGUCAUUCUGUAUCAUGAUUCAUGAUCAAACAUGUGCGUACAAGAAAGAAAACACUUUUAAUGUUAUUGCGAAUUAUGCAGUGUUGUGUUCAGUGAGAUUUAUUCUCUGCACUUUUUCUCCCGUUUUAUCUAAUGGAGUCUUUGAAAGAAAGCACUCAAAUCAAACUUCGUAAUUUGUAUUCUAAAGGUUAGAAAUUUGAUUAAUGGCAACACUUGGG